AUGGGGUGGGCUGUGGGCGCGGCCGCCCGCGCCCUUCGUUUUGGCGCCAUUCGGAUUCAGACGCGACAAUCCACGACGAGUGUGAUGUUCCAUUUCGAAAAACACCCCAUCUCAACCGAACAAGAUGCUACCGAGUUGGCGAAACGCUACACAGAGCGAGAACAGGAUCUACUACGUGCCGCUUUAUUAACAGCCCUUCAAGAACGAAAGAAAAACAAUGGCGUUACUUCAAUUCUUUCUCCAGAAGAAACGAGAGCGUUAUUUGCGUUUAAUGCAAUUCCGUUUAUCGGUUUUGGUUUUCUCGACAACAUGAUCAUGAUUUUGGCCGGCGAGUACAUUGACCAGCAAUUAGGAACACUACUCUGUCUAUCUACAAUGGCUGCGGCAGCGAUUGGGAAUAUAAUCUCUGAUGUGGCUGGUGUUGGUCUUGCUCAUUAUGUUGAAGCUAUUGUUGUUCGAUUUGGUGUUCGACAGCCUGUCCUGACAGCUGAACAAUUGGAAAGCAACAAGGCACGAUGGACAACAAAUGCGGCUCGGGCCUUUGGAUUGACAGUUGGCUGCAUAAUUGGCAUGUUUCCACUUUUGUUCUACGAUGAAAAAGAAAAGAAGAUCUCUUCGGAAAAAUCUAUUGAUCGAUUCCAAAUGAGCGGUCAAUAUUUUGUGACAUAUGUCGAGGAUUUGGAACAGGAUCCAUUCGAUGCCACCGAUUUCGUCGAACGAGUAGUAUGGAGGAUUACACAGGGUGCGGAUACAAUCAGUGACCCACUGCACCUCAAAGAAAAGCUUGAAGAAGAGAUCGCCAGCUUGCAAAUGUUGUGUGAUCAAUUUUCGGGUAAAAUCAACGUCCUCGAGCAGCAAUUGGACGUGGACAAACGAGAUUAUUGCAAUCGACUACAACAAUUGCAUGAACUAAACUCCGAUGCGAUCGAAAAAGUCAAGCAAUUGGACCAAACAAUGCAAAACGUGUCGACAGCAGUGGUUCAUCUUGGUGAUCAACUGGAAAGUGUUGAUGGGCCAAGAACUAGAGCUUCUGAGGCCCUUGCCUUGAUAACGCAUUUUGAUCAAUUUUUGUCGGAUCAACCUCUCAGCUCUGCAAUAUUCACAGAUCCGGACAAGCUGCUCGAAUCAGCCGAUUUGAUUCAAAAGCUCUACUCGAUAUCGCAAGAAUUGUCGAAAGAAAAAUAUGCAUAUGUUCAAGCGAGAAUUGCGCACAGAUACGAGGAAAUUGAGCGUUUGUUGAUUGACGAAUUUGUGCGAUCGCAACGAGAUGAGAAGAAAAUGGCGGAAGUGGCAAAAAUAUUGGCUGAGUUUAAGGGCUACGGUUCGUGCGUUGAUCGUUACGUCGAAUUUCUUCAUGCCACCUCGUUCCACCGAGAUAGAGGCGAUGUUUUUGCGGAAGCAUUGCAUCUUUGCAGAAAUGCUAAACCGAAGAUCGAGGCGAUCUUUCCGAAUCCGAUGGCCGUCAUACAGAAACUUGUUACCAGCAUAUUCAAUGGAAAGCUGAAGGAGACAGUUUACGCUACAUUGAGGGAUCAUCGAGAAGUUGGAGAUCAAGAAGGGUAUUUGAUUUCGCUGGCCGAAAUGUAUACAAGUACAAAGAAACUAUGUACUGAAUUGGAAGUUUUACAUGUAUCGCCCGAUCCAUCUUUUCUGAUUGACCUCACGAGGGCGAUUUUUGAGCGAUAUCUCAACUCAUAUCCAAAGGAUGAAUUGGAUUAUCUGAAUGCUCAAUCUUCUAUCAUUUUGGCGCGAUUUUACGAGUCAAAGAAGCAUCAAAAACGCGCAAUAACGAGUGGAGGUUUGCAAGAACUUCGGCGAGAUGUGACGAUUCGCUUCUUAUCGGCUGACGACUUUGGCGGGGAAACGUUUUUAGCCGAAGAUGUGGCAAUUUCGAUUCUACAAGAGACGAAAAACGCCUUCAAUAGGACACAAUUGUUUUGCAAUAAAAUGGAUGUAUCAAGGCAAGCCGAAAAAGUUUUGGACGUGCUGCUCGCAAAAUUGGUCACUGAGCAUCUUGAUUACGCCGUGGAGCUUGCACUAGCUGGCAUAACAUUAUCCGAGCCAAAGACUGAGCCACCAGCCUAUUUCUUCACAUUUGUUCCACAAAACACGGCAAUUGUCUUAUUGUGUGCGAAACAGUUCGAAGAUAGCAUCUGGCCUUUAAUCAAGAAUACUUCUGUUGAACAAACUUGCUCCAAGAAAUGGACUUCCUCAUUACGAGGAUUGGAAAAUAAAAUCAAUACGGGGAUGGACCGACACUUGAAUGCCAUACAAGGAUACACAAAAUUCGUUCUUACUUCGACGCAGAAGAAAGUUGACUUCAUUCCCGAUGAUGAUCACAUGCAAAUCCAAGUUAGCCAGGCUUGCCAGACCAUUUUGCGUUUCCUGAAAACGCAAACCUCGGCAAUGGAGAGGGGAUGUGAUGGCGCCAAUUUGAAAGUUGUACAAGUUGAACUAGCCCAAAGACUCUACAAGACGAUUCUUGCUCACAUCCAAAACUUCACCUACAAUUCAGCGGGAGCCAUGUUGCUACUGUGUGAUCUCAACGAGUACAAAAAAUGUAUAUCUUCCUGGAGAUGUGGUCGAGAUGCAUCAGCUCCCUUCGAUAAACUCCACUCAUUGGCAAAUCUCUUAAUGGUUUUACCCGAUAAUUUGAGCGAAGCUGCUCGUAGUCCUACUUUGGCGGAUGUCGAUAGAUCUCUGAUCUCAAGCUUUAUCCAACUACGAGACGACUUCAAAAAGAACAAAAACAUGAGUCUCCUAAUAUUC